UUUUUUUCUUACUUCUUCCUCUUUCUGAAUUCUUUUUUUUUUGCUUUUUUUUGUUUUCUUUUGAAUAUUUUAUUAUUCAAUUAUGACCCUAGAUAAUACAGAAGAUAAUAAACUCAAAGAAUGUGAGCCCAAUUGCGACGGUCUUGAUCAAAAUAAUGAGCCUGUCGAAUCAACUAAGGAUUCAAGAGAGACGUUUGAUCCCAAAACAGGCGUGAAAAGGGCCUUGAAGACUCGCCAUAUAUCAAUGAUGGCUGUUGCUGGAAUAAUAGGACCUGGAACAAUUGUGGGUUUUGGAAAUGCUCUUCGUUCUGGUGGCCCUGUUGGUUUGAUUGCCGGUUUUACCAUUGUAGGUAUCUUAGUGAUGACAAUGAUGUUCAGUAUUGGCGAACUAAAUACAAUGUUUGAUUUCAAUUUUAAUGUUCAUGCUUCAAGAUGGGUAGACCCUGCUUUUGGUGCUACAGUUGGUUGGUACUAUGUUAUACUAUGGAUUUGCAAUAUCAUAGCUGAGUAUGUCUCUCUUUGUUCCAUUUGCACGUAUUUCUCUGAUCGAGUGCCCAUAUAUGGAUGGUUUUUAAUAUUCUGGUUUAUUUUCACCAUCUACCAAGAAUUGGGUGUGGGUGUAUUUGGUGAAGCUGAGUAUAUUUUGGCUGUCAUAAAAUUGCUCUUUUUAACUGGCUUUUAUAUUUUUGCCAUAAUUUUUGCAUCAAAUGGUAUCCCUAAUCACUCAACUGGAAACCCUUUCAAAAACUACCCUUUAGCAGAUGGGUUCAAAGGUAUUGCAAACUCUUUUGUUUACGCUGGUAUCUUUUAUUCUGGCAUUGAAAGCAUCAGCUUGACCACUGCUGAGUCCCAAAACCCCCAAAGGGCAAUCCCCCUAGCUGUUCGACAAACUGUUUUCAGAAUUUUAUAUGUUUACUACGGUUUGUCCAUAGCCUAUGGUCUCACUGUUCCUUAUAACCAUGAAAUGCUUUCCUCCUCUAAUAGAACAAUGAAGUCUCCAAUGACAAUUGCCUUUAUGGAAGCAGGCUGGGACAAAGCAGGCUAUUACGUUUCUGCUGUGGUGCUAAUUACCUGUUUCUCGUCCAUCAACUCUGCUAUUUAUAUUGCCAGUCGUUCGCUAUAUAACCUAGCAUACGAAGGUUGUGCUCCAAAAAUCUUUAAAAAGCACGAUAGACGUGGAGUACCAUAUGUUGCGAUCCACACUGUUCAUAUCUUUGGGUUUUUGUGUUUACUAACUAUUGAUAGCAGUGCUUCAAAGGCCUAUGGUUACAUUGUUAAUCUUGGAAGUGUUUGUGCUUUUAUCGUUUGGUCAAGCAUAAUUUUCUCUCAUAUCAGAUUCAGAAAGGGUUGGUUAAAGCAGGGACAUUCGUUGAAGGAAUUGCCUUAUGUUGCCCCAUUUUAUCCUUAUGGACCAAUCACUGGUCUAGCUAUUGGAAUAACUUUAACUUUUGUUCAAGGUUGGACAAGCUUUGACCCAUUCAAUGUUGGAAAUCUUAUCGAUGUCUACAUUUUACUUCCAUUAUUCCCCAUUUUUAUUGUUUUUUACAAAAUUUACUUGAAAUCAAAAUAUAUCAAAUACGAUGAUAUGAAUUUUGAAGGUGGAAGAAAAAUCAUGUUUAUUGAUGAAAAAAGGCCACUCGACAAACCAACUGGAAAAUCCAAAUGGAAAAGAAUUUGGAGAGAGAUAGUUUAAUUAAGCUUCAAAUCUUGGUUUCAAAUUUAAUUACACUAAAUUUUAAUGAAAACUUUUACUUAACGUUGCUUCUUUUUGUUGUUUUGAUGAGCAUUUCAAUUUUCCCUUUUUUAUUUUACGACUAUAUUUAACGAGGUUUAAAUCGGUUUAUUCUUUUUUAUCAACUAUCAUUUCUUACAGCAUCUUAUCUCUCAACUGGCUCUUUAACUUUAAACUUUUAUGGCAUUUUUUUUGUUCUUACUAUGUUGUUUUUAUACUAAACUCACUUUAAAAUUUUCCUUUUUUGUUCAGUCCCAAUAAUUUUUCAUCCUCACAUUUUCAAUUCUUAUUUUUAUAAAUCAUUAAACUUUCAUUGAC